AUGAGCCAAAGAAAUCUCACUGUGGCAAAACUCGAGGCCCAAUGAGUAAUUUUGAAGGAGUUACGAACACUCUUCUCUUUAAUUAAAAUAAAGGGAAAUAAAUUUAUUUAAAUCCUAAAAGUCAUUAUAGAAAUGAUGGAAAAGAUGAGGAUAUUGCAUUGUUCGGAUCACUUGAAACCAAUCUCAAGAAAAUGAUGGAGAAGGUGGAGAUGUUUCAUCGUUUGGACCGCUUGGAACCAGUCUCUUUGUUACAAUAUCUGCUCUAGAAAAUGAUGGAGAAGGUGGAGAUGUUUCAUUGUUCGGACCGCUUGGAACCAGUCUCUUCGCUCCAAAAAAUGAUGAAGGGGAUGGUGGAGAUGUUUCAUUGUUCGGACCGCUUGGAACCAAUCUCUUUGUUACAAUGUCUGCUAUAGAAAAUGAUGGAGAAGGUGGAGAUGUUUCAUUGUUCGGACCGCUUGGAACCAAUCUCUUUGUUACAAUGUCUGCUAUAGAAAAUGAUGGAGAAGGUGGAGAUGUUUCAUUGUUCGGACCGCUUGGAACCAGUCUCUUCGCUCCAAAAAAUGAUGAAGGAGAUGGUGGAGAUGUUUCAUUGUUCCGACCGCUUGGAACCAGUCUCUUCACUCCAAUAUCUGCUCUAGAAAAGGGUGAAGGAGAUGGUGGAGAUGUUUCAUUGUUUGGACCACUCGGAACGAGUCUCUUCGCUCCAAUAUCUACUCUGGAAAAUGAUGGAGAAGGUGGAGAUGUCUCAUUGUUCGGACCGCUUGGAACCAAUCUCUUCGUUCCAACAUCUGCUCUAGAAAAUGAUGGAGAAGGUGGAGAUGUCUCAUUGUUCGGACCGCUUGGAACCAAUCUCUUCGUUCCAACAUCUGCUCUAGAAAAUGAUGGAGAAGGUGGAGAUGUCUCAUUGUUCGGACCACUUGGAACCAAUCUCUUAUUUCCAAUAUCUGCUUCAGAAAAUGACACAGACUGUAAAGAUUUUUCAUUGUUUGAACCACUAGGACCGACUCUCCUUGCUCUAGCAUUUGGUACAUAAAAUUCUUGAGAUUUCAUGUCGUUCAUAUUGCUAGAAACUUUUUUAGCCACAUCGAAA